AUGCACCAUGCAUUGGUGCAGCUGAUCUGGUGCUUGCAUUUUGGCUCCCCGUUCCCCAGUAUCUCGAUUACCCUAAGUAUCCCGGUUCUCUCAUUAUCCCCAUUACCGUCACCUUCCCGUUCCCCCUAUCUCCCCAUUCCCUACAUCGCCCCGUUCCCCCCAUCUCCCCGUUCCCCCCAUCGCCCCGUUCCCCCCAUCUCCCCGUUCCCCCCAUCGCCCUGUUCCCCCCAUCUCCCCGUUCCCCUCAUCGCCCAUUCCCCCCAUCAUCUCCAUGACCCGUUUCUCCCCAUCCCCAUCCCCAUCCCCAUGCACCUGGGCGGUGUGCGUGCAGUGCGCGCACUGCUGCAGCUGCAGGAGGCGUUGGUGGGCGCGUGGGUGGGCAACAGCAACGCCACCACGGCGUGCUCUGCGUGGGCUGGCGUCACCUGCAGCCCCAACGGGGCCGUCCUUGCCCUGGACUCCAACGCCUUUGCAAUGGAUCCUCCUCCCACUGGCACCAUUCCUGCUGCCAUCACUGACCUCACCACCCUUCGAUACCUCGAUGUGACGUACGGCAUCAACCUGGAGGGCCCCAUGCCAUCCCUCUCACCUCUCACCUGCCUCACUCACCUGUACGUCUCACACCCUCCUCUCUUAUCACAAGAAACACGCCUCCCAUCCCCACACAGCCCCUCACCACCACCCCUCACCACCCCUUAUUGCCCCUCACCUCACCGCCCCCCCGCUCACUCACAGGGACUACAUCACAUGCCUUAUCCCCCUGCACAUACCCAAUCCCCCUGCACAUGCCUUAUCCCCUUGCACAUGCCCAAUCCCCCUGCACAUGCCCCCUCCCUAUUCGUGCCCCUCCCCCCUGCACAUGUCCCACCCACCCGCCUGCGUGUGUGCAUCGCUCCGUGUAGAGCCCUGGGAGCAGACGGCUGCUUGCUCACCGGCACUGUGGACGAAAUCUCGUGGCUCUCCUCCCUCUCCGCCUUGCAAUUAUUGUAA